AUGGUUACAGAAACCUGGUGUCUUGUGAUCAAGAGGAAUUUUGCUGGCUAUAACUGUGGGGACUGCAAAUUUGGUUGGAAGGGGCCCAACUGUGAUGAAAAGAAGCCCCUGAUUGUCCGGAAGAACAUCCACGCUUUGACUGAAGAGGAGAGAGAACAAUUCUUGGAUGCUCUAAACCGUGCCAAGACAACUGUUCAUCCAGAAUAUGUGAUUGCAACUGAGCAUUGGCUGAGUCUGCUUGGUCCCAGCGGAAAUGACCCACAAGUUGCCAACUGCAGCAUUUAUAACUACUAUGUGUGGCUUCACUAUUACUCUGUCAGAGACACACUCUUAGGACCAGGCCGUCCUUUCACAGCAAUAGAUUUCUCCCACCAAGGACCUGCCUUUGUUACUUGGCACAGGUAUCAUUUGCUGAUGCUGGAAAGAGAUUUGCAGCGGAUGAUUGGCAAUGAGUCCUUUGCAUUGCCUUAUUGGAAUUUUGCUACGGGCCGAAAUGAAUGUGACAUAUGCACCGAUCAACUACUUGGAGCAUCAAGACCAGACAACCCAAACCUCAUAAGUGCGAAUUCAAGAUUUUCACAAUGGGAGAUAAUAUGUAAUAGUUUGGAUGAUUAUAACCGUCUGGUGAAACUAUGUAAUGGAACCAAUGAAGGCCUUCUACAGAGGAACCCAUUUAGCAAACCUAGUGAUCAGCUACCAACCAUGGAAGAUGUUCAGAACUGUCUCUCCUUUCAAGAUUUUGAUAAACCUCCUUUCUUUCGGAAUUCCACUUUUAGCUUUAGGAAUGCUUUGGAAGGCUUUGAGAAACCAGAUGGAACCUUGGACCUUCCAGUUGUGAGUCUCCAUAACUUGGUCCACUCUGUUCUGAAUGGAACUGGUGCUCUUCCUCACUCUGCAGUGAAUGACCCCAUCUUUGUGGUCCUCCAUUCCUUUACUGAUGCAGUUUUUGAUGAAUGGAUGAAACGAUUCCGCCCAGCUGAGACUGCAUGGCCUCAAGAGCUGGCACCUAUUGGUCAUAACUGGAUGUUCAACAUGGUGCCUUUCUUCCCUCCUAUCACCAAUGGGGAAUUGUUUCUCCCUGCUGCACAACUUGGCUACAGCUAUGCCAUUGAACUGCCAGAGUCAGAUGAAGAGGCUCGUGCUUGGGCACUUAUGGCUGGAUCCACCAUUGGAGGAGCUCUGAUAGCUUUAGUUGUGCUGGUCCUUCUGCUUGUCCUGUUUCAGCACAGGAGACACAGGAAGGGAUUUGAGCCUCUCAUGAAUGCAAGGUUCAAUAUAAAAAGAUACACCGAAGACCCUUAAAAUAGGCAAUGUUUCUCAUGGUCUGUCUCCAGGAAUCAACCUUGAGUAGUCAAUUGGUCACCAUGAGCCAUUUGUUCAAUUAGCAUCCAUACAAAAGUGCAGUUCCCGGCCAGUUGCAUUACAUUGCGCACUAUUACUUUGGAUUCCCUUGAAAGAUUAGCUUUGUGCAGGUAUUCUGUGAUCAUAGGUGGAUAUCAAAGGUGCUAAGAUUUGACCUACAUAUUUAGAACACACCUUGUCAUAAAUCCCACACAAUACACUAGAUCAAGUAUGGAGCUAUAUAGACCACCCCAAAUGGACGGUCUGCAGCCACC